AAGGCAGCCGCCCAGGUCCUCAGGAGCUCCUGCAGCGCCUGCCGGGACAGCACCGUAGGUGCCCCUGUGGAGUCCCCGCUGGCUACACCACCGCCACCCCUACAGCCUUUAAAGCUGACUUAAACGCCGCACCGCGGUCCAAUCAGAGGUCACAGGGGAGGGCUCAAAAGGCCAAAGCCAACUGCCAAGCGUUUAUUUUGCUGUUGUCCCGCCCCCCCACGCCCUGCCGCUAAUUGGUGGGUUUCAAACCCGCGGGAGCCAAUGAGAGCGUACGGAUUAGCGGCGCGCCUUGCUUUGUCCCGGCGCGGCCUUUGAACGAAAACUGUCGCGGAGGAGCCAUGGUGGGGCCCGGACCCGCCGCCGCCGCCUCUGUCGAAGAGCGUCAGAGAAAGCUCCAGGAGUACCUAGCAGCCAAAGGAAAGCUGAAGUGCCAAAACACCAAGCCUUAUCUAAAAGCCAAGAAUAUUUGCCCACAUCCUGCACCUUCUAAAUCCACUACUAGACCCAAAAAGGAUGUUACCAACCACGCUGCUUUGCCGGUCAAAACUACAAGGCCCAUUAACCUUAAACUCCAGCCUAGACCCACCAAUAUCACAGAGACCCAGAAGCUGAAGGUGGAUCCACCAAAACUUCUGGGCAAAAGGCUAACUUCAGGAUGUGUUUCUUCUCACCUAAACUGUAAGCCCUCCAGCAGUAGUCAACAGCAGCUCAAAACUGGAUCAUCUGCUACAAGAGAACCAUCAAGAAAACCCAUGGGUUCACUUUACAGACAGGAAUUGAAAACUACAAAGCAGCAGGUAACAGAUCAAGGAAAGGUUAAAUGUAUGGAUUCUGUGGACAAAACCCAGGUUGAAAAUGGAUCAUUGGAUCACUUUCUAAAGGAGAUAAAUAAAGAGAACCUGCCCCAAACCUUAUCGGACUCUGAGAGGAAGCCAGAUCCUGGAUUUUGUACUAUAAGUAAGCCAAAGACUAACUCUCAUGAUCCAACCAAGAGCAGGUUGGCUCCUAAACAAGCCUUGGGCAAAAGUUUGAUGAAUAGUGCUGCUCUGAAAGACAGAGUUAAUAAGCAAUUUGUUGGAAAAACACAAAUCAGAAUUCUACCAGUAAAAUCACAACAACUGUCUAGAGGAGCAGAUCUUACAAGACCAAGAGAAAAACCUCUAAGAACGGUUCCCUGUCACUUUGUUAAGACCCCUAGUAGGACUCCAGCACCAAAGAAACCUGUGGCCAAGGAACAGGAUAUAAAGGUUAGCAGGGUUAAACACGAAAGACGCAGUGAAGCUAAGUUACAGUCAUAUCCUGUUAAGGAACAAAAAACAAAACGUUUGGUAUCCCAGACCUAUGCCAGUUUGCUUCAGGGAGGAAUUAACAACAGACAUCCAAACAUUAAGCAAGGUCAGAAGUCUAGUCAGACUUGUUUUAGACCCCGGGCAUCAUGUGUACUGCAAAAUUCAAAAGCCGUAAGCCAGAGGCCUGGUUUGACCGUUGGCAGCUCUACUUCAGUAAUGCCAAGCACCCCUAGCAUAAGAGCAAAUGGGACAAAUGGGAAUAAAUGCAACGAUGACUUUCAACAAAAAGCACAAACUUUGGACUCCAAGUUGAAAAGGGCUCUUUCCCAGAACUAUUUUCUGAAUAAGACAGCUCCCAAAAUUCAGGCUGGUGACACAACCAUGAAUAGAAGAGAGGUCCCAAAAGGGUCGCAAACUAACCCAAAUAUUAAAAAGAAGGCAACAGAGGAUCGAAGGAAACAGCUGGAAGAAUGGCAGAAGUCUAAGGGCAAAAUUUAUAAACGGCCUCCUAUGGAACUUAAAACAAAAAGAAAAGUAAUAGAGAAAAUGAAUGUUUCAUUCUGGAAGAGCAUUGAAAAAGAAGAGGAAGAAAAGAAAGCCCAACUUGAACUGUCCAAUAGAAUUAACAACACUUUGGCAGAAUGUCUGCAACUCAUCGAAGGGGGCGUAUUUUCUAAUGAAGUAUUUACCAUAUUGUCCAGUAUUCCUGAGGCUGAAAAAUUUGCUAAAUUCUGGAUCUGCAAAGCAAAGCUGUUGGCAAGUAAAGGCACCUUUGAUGUUAUUGGGCUGUACGAAGAAGCCAUUAGAAAUGGGGCAAGUCCAAUACUAGAGUUGCGGGAAGUUAUUCUUAAUAUUUUGCAAGACCCAAACAGAACCACAGAAGGAAUUACUUCUGACUCUUUAGUUGCUGAAGAGCUGAUCAAGAAGGUGGAAUCUGAGAAGUCUCAUCUUUCUCCAAAAGAGAGGGAACAGGUUACAGCAACACCCCAAGUAACCAAAGCAAGCCAGGAUAAUCAUCCAGGCAUCAAAUUACAGAUCGCCCCAAUUCCUCGACUAAUUGGGAUGCCCGAAGUGCCAGACAUGAAGCUCAUCACUCCCGUACGGCGUUCAGUGAGGAUCGAACGGGCCGUGUCCCGUUAUCCGGAAAUGCUACAGGAGCAUGAUUUAGUAGUGGCUUCCCUUGACGAACUAUUAGAAGUGGAAGAAACAGAGUGUUUUCUGUUCCGCAAAAAUGAGGCUUUGCCUGUAACCCUAGGGUUUCAGAUCCUUGAAUCAUAAUUUCUUGAUGCUUAAAAAAAAGUCUCUGGUGUCUCAGAGCCUCCAGGAGACAAGAACCACCCUCGUCUGAGUUACCUGGAAAAACAUGGAUAAUGGAGAGGCGUCAUGGAUGCACAUUACGGAAUCUUGGGACUUACAAAGUGAUUCACCGGCCUUAACUCUGAAAUGUUAUAUCCCAACAGGAAUAUCUGACUUAUUUAAUACUGUAGUUCUUAACUAAUUUACUCCACAAGGAUGGUAAAAUUUGGGCUUUAUUCAUCUACUUUAAUCCCAACAUAACUAAUUUUUGUAUCAGACAGUUGAUGCCACAAUAUGAUAGGGUUUUGUUUCUGUAUUCACCUUAGCAAAGAGAGCAAGUUCUUAUAGUAUGGAAAAUACGAGCUUUGAAACUAGCUUACACUUAUCUGCCAGGCUUGACGGCCUCGGCAGACCGUCGGGUCGAAUCCUCUCAUCUUAUAGAUGCCACUAUCCGAGCUAUAGCUUUGCUCAGAGGUUGCAGAUGCCUUUAUGUGUGUGCUUUGACUUGCCCUAGCAGUAUGCUUGCAGAUGAGGGACAGUUCUCCUCCUUUCUGUGUCAGGUAUCUUCUAAUGACACAAAAUCCUAAGGCAGAUGUGGUCCCCACAAACCUACUGGUUAGGGUGGACAGGGUGACCAUCUAAUUUUGCAUUUGUUAUUCAGAUAUAACAAGGGGCAGGAGAGAAAGAUGCAGAGGGAGUGCUUGCUUCUUUCAAUUCCUUGUCUGCCUGGGGAGACCUGUCCCGAGAAGGAAAGGCAAGCUCCUGAGACCACUAUACAGGUUGCUUUUCCUUCCUCCUGGGCAGCUGUCCUCGGAAAGGUAAAGUCAGAAUCAUUAUGUAAAUAUAAUGUAUAGAAAAA